GACGGUGUAAUUUUUUAUUCCAAAGUGUGCACUAAUUCGCUGUGUGAGUUUUAAAAUAGGCCGUCAGAUUAAGAGCUUAACUAUCCCAGCAAAAGCUUCCUUAAGCCUGUGCUUAGAAGGGCAUGUCUCUGCCGAGCGCGCUGAAGAAGUGGCUACCUGACACUGACAGCCGCACACCAGUAGCAGCAGCUGCUAACAUUAGCACUUAGCAACUAUCAUUCAUUUGACUGUAAGCAUGCAAGAAUGGGCCAACCAACUUUGCGAGAACCGACAAUUUGGAUCCAAGAUGACAGACUCAAAGUACUUCACCACCACCAAAAAAGGUGAAAUUUUUGAGCUCAAGGCUGAGUUGAACAGUGAUAAAAAAGAGAAAAAGAAAGAGGCAGUGAAGAAAGUGAUUGCAUCUAUGACCGUUGGCAAGGAUGUCAGUGCCCUGUUUCCAGAUGUUGUGAACUGCAUGCAGACGGACAACUUGGAACUGAAAAAGCUGGUCUACCUCUAUCUGAUGAACUAUGCCAAGAGUCAGCCAGACAUGGCCAUCAUGGCUGUUAACACCUUUGUUAAGGACUGUGAAGACCCAAAUCCCCUAAUUCGAGCACUGGCCGUUCGCACCAUGGGCUGCAUCCGCGUGGACAAGAUCACUGAGUACCUGUGCGAGCCUCUAAGAAAGUGUUUAAAAGACGAAGACCCCUAUGUGAGGAAGACCGCAGCUGUGUGCGUUGCCAAACUCCAUGAUAUCAAUGCACAGCUUGUGGAGGAUCAAGGCUUCCUGGACACCCUCAAAGACCUUAUCUCUGACUCAAACCCCAUGGUGGUUGCAAACGCAGUGGCAGCGCUGUCGGAGAUUGCAGAGUCUCAUCCCAACAGCAAUCUUCUGGACCUAAACCCUCAAACCAUCAACAAGUUACUAACAGCUCUUAAUGAGUGUACAGAGUGGGGACAGAUCUUCAUUCUGGACUGCCUGGCCAAUUACACACCACGAGAUGACCGGGAAUCCCAAAGCAUCUGUGAGCGUGUCACCCCACGGCUCUCCCAUGCAAACUCUGCUGUGGUGUUGUCGGCUGUAAAAGUUCUCAUGAAGUUCAUGGAGAUGUUACCCAAAGACCUGGACUACUAUGGAACCCUACUGAAGAAGCUGGCCCCUCCACUGGUCACUCUCCUCUCUGCUGAGCCUGAGUUGCAAUAUGUAGCAUUGCGAAACAUCAACCUCAUCGUACAAAGACGACCAGAGAUUUUGAAACAUGAGAUGAAGGUUUUCUUUGUGAAAUACAAUGACCCGAUUUAUGUCAAACUGGAGAAACUGGACAUCAUGAUCCGCUUGGCAUCUCAAGCCAACAUCGCCCAGGUGCUCGCUGAAUUGAAGGAAUACGCCACCGAGGUGGAUGUAGAUUUUGUCCGGAAAGCCGUCAGGGCCAUAGGACGCUGUGCCAUUAAAGUAGAGCAAUCUGCAGAGCGCUGUGUCAGUACACUGCUUGACCUCAUCCAGACAAAGGUCAACUAUGUUGUGCAGGAGGCCAUUGUGGUCAUCAAGGAUAUCUUUCGCAAGUACCCUAACAAGUAUGAGAGUGUGAUUGCUACUUUGUGUGAAAACCUGGACUCGCUGGAUGAGCCGGAAGCGCGUGCAGCCAUGAUUUGGAUUGUGGGGGAGUAUGCUGAGCGUAUCGACAAUGCUGAUGAACUACUUGAGAGCUUUUUGGAGGGUUUCCAUGAUGAAAGCACUCAGGUGCAGUUGCAGCUUUUAACAGCCAUUGUUAAGUUAUUCCUCAAGAAGCCAACUGAGACCCAAGAGCUGGUGCAGCAGGUCCUCAGUCUGGCAACUCAGGACUCCGAUAAUCCAGACCUUAGGGAUCGAGGCUACAUCUACUGGCGUCUGCUCUCCACUGACCCAGUGGCUGCUAAGGAGGUGGUUCUGGCUGAGAAGCCUCUGAUCUCUGAAGAGACCGACUUGAUUGAACCCACACUGCUGGAGGAGCUCAUAUGCCACAUUGGUACUCUGGCCUCCGUCUAUCACAAGCCACCCAGCGCCUUUGUUGAGGGCAGCCGUGGUGUUCAGCACAAGAGACUCCCCGGCAGUGCUGGAUCCGGGGAAAGCGUGGAGAGUCCAGACACAGGUUCUGCUCCUGUUGCUUCUGAGGCACCCCCUGCCGUCAUCCCAUCCCAGGACCUUCUUGGAGAUCUGCUCAAUCUGGAUCUGACACCUACAACCACAACUGGACCACCACCACCCUCCUCUGCCAUGCAGAUGGGUGCUAUGGACCUUCUAGGUGGAGGACUGGACAGCCUGAUGGGGGAUGAGUCUGAGCCGCCGCCCGUUCCCCUGCGAAGGGAUACUCCUCAAUCACCACAGCCCCCCCAUCAAUCCCCAUCGCCCCCAGAUUACAGCCCAACUGAGCUUGGUGUAGACCUUGGUGGCAGUCCUGCUAUGACAGCUGGCUUUGGUGCACCGCCCACUGCCGGACCGCCUUCUUUCACCGCCCCUGUAAGUGGGGGUCUUGACGACCUGUUUGAUCUUGGCGGUGGAGUGGGUAUGCCGAUGGGAGCCUAUGUACCUCCUAAAACGCUUUGGCUUCCAGCUAUGAAGGCUAAGGGUCUGGAAAUUUCAGGCACAUUUGGUCGUCGAGCUGGGGUCGUUCAAAUGGAGAUGACCCUCACAAAUAAAGCAAUGAGUGUCAUGACUGAUUUUGCCAUUCAGUUCAACAGAAAUAGUUUUGGUUUGGCUCCUGCUGGUCCUCUCCAGGUUCUUACUCCAGUUAGUCCUAACCAGAGUAUAGAAGCGGUCCUUCCUCUCAACACUGUGGGCCCUGUCAUGAAGAUGGAGCCUCUCAACAACCUGCAGGUGGCCGUUAAGAACAACAUUGAUGUCUUCUACUUCAGCUGCCAGUAUCCCAUCAGCAUGCUCUUCGUAGAGGACGGGAAGAUGGAGCGACAGGUGUUCCUUGCCACGUGGAAAGACAUUCCGAAUGAAAAUGAGUCCAAGUUCCAGCUCAACGACUGUCAUCUUAACGCAGAUGCGGCCUCAAGCAAACUGCAGGGCAGCAACAUCUUCACCAUAGCCAAGCGAACUGUGGAGGGUCAGGACAUGCUCUACCAGUCCAUGAAACUCACCAAUGGAAUUUGGGUGCUUGCAGAGCUUAGGGCCCAGGCAGGAAACCCCAACUACACGGUCUCCCUGAGAUGCAGAGCCCCCGAAGUUUCCCAGUGCGUGUUCCAGAGCUACGAAGCGGUCCUGAAGAACUGAGAGAAGGGGGGGAAACUAAAAAAAGAAAUGGCGGGCCAGAUGCUGGCCGUCUGCCUCUCCUCCUUGUGGACCACGUCACACUGAUUUGCAGUGCUGGACACACUGGUUGCCGCAUACUCUGUCUUUCUACCAGCUCCUUAUUGGUUUUUCAUCAUUUAUUGGCCCCAUUUAGAUUCAGUUUCAACCUAAUGGAGUUUGUAAGUGUCAUUAUCUCCUUCUAAAUGAAAUUAAAUAAUCCAAAUGUGCAGGUUGAGCUCUUGGUCCGACCUGAGCCAAAUGUCAUCGUCUUAUUGUAGAGAAUCAACAGAAUGCCGCCUCGGCAUUCACAUCACAAUAUAUUUAUUUAGGGUGCUAUGUGCUGAAUUGCCCUCCUCCCAGACCAACCCCCAAGAUGCUCAAAAGCUUCUUAUGUACGUGUGAGCUUCAGGCAGAUGGUCUUGGCUUCAUUCGUAUGUUUGUUCAUGUUUUCUUUCCUUUUGACAGCCAUAUCUGGACUUUCUAUAGACUGAAACAGCCCUCCGAGCUCUAUUGUAGUCAUUCCAUUCUUUAAUUUUCUGUUGGUAGAUGUGUCUGUUUGCAUCAGGGCAACACAAUGUCAACUGAGAUGAAGGCUAAGAAAGACUACUUGUAAAUGAUGAAGUGGCUGUUCUUAACACUAAAGUAAUCAGUGUGUGUCUUGGUUGGCUCGGACAGCGCUCAGUUUCUCGCCCUUGUACUCUGAAGAUGAAUUGGAUUUCUUUCUUUUUUUUUUUCUUUUCGGCCACUGCACUGAUGGCCUUUUCAUCAGCUCUCCGAGGUGAACGCAUCUAUCACCUUUUAUAUCGAUUGAUUCGCAGGUGGCUCUGUUAGCAGUGUUUGUGGAGUCAUCUCAUGUUAAAAACAAAACAACAAAAAAAACUAAUGCCGAAUCACUUUUUUGUGUUGUUUGUCCGUUGUGCGUACAUCAUCCAAAAUAGAAAUAUUAAAAGUCUUGAUCAAUU